UGCUGUUGUUUUCAACACUGUGUGGCCAAAACAUAGUUUUGCUGAUGAUGUCAAUUAGAACUGAACAUUUUCCCAUGAGUUGAGUGUUGGUGCUGUAAACCUGAGAGGCAGUGCUGCCACCAAGGAUGAUUAUCUGUUAUUGAUGAGGUGAUGGGUUUCACCAUAGGUGCUGUUCAAUAGAGCAGCCAAACGGAGGUGUGUGAGGUCUAGUAAAGAGCAGGAGCUGAGGCCAAGGCAGGCCUGUGGAUUACAGUAAUCCUAUACAGCAGUCUUAGGUAUCACACACAUCACAUUCCAGCCCAUCUGAGGAAGAAGAUGGAGGCCGGUGCUCGAUGUGCUGCUGUGCUUUUCCUCCUGCUUCUGUGUCAGGCUCUGAUCGCUGUUCACUCUCAGGAGGACACGGAGGGGGAGAAUCUGCAGGAGGAGGACCAGCAGGUGAUUGAGACAUGGACACGAAACAUGAAGGCCUGUACCUGUGACUGUGAAUCUGCUGAAUCACCCACACGCAACCCUGCUGUCACAUCACCUGCCCCAACAACACUUCCACCGCUGCCCCCCCAGGGUCAGACACUGAACUGCAUGCCAGAAUGCCCUUAUCACCGAGCCCUGGGCUUUGAAUCUGGAUCGGUGACAUCAGACCAAAUCAGCUGCUCCAAUCAGGACCAGUACUCUGGCUGGUACUCCUCGUGGAUCCCCAACAAGGCUCGACUUAACAACCAAGGCUUCGGGUGCGCAUGGCUCUCCAAGUUCAACGACCAGUACCAGUGGAUCCAGAUUGACUUGAAGGAGGUGGGAGUGGUGUCUGGCAUCCUCACCCAGGGCCGCUGCGAUGCAGAUGAGUGGAUCACCAAAUACAGCAUCCAGUACCGCACUGUGGAAACUCUCAACUGGAUCUAUUACAAAGAUCAGACAGGAAAUAACAGAGUGUUCUACGGGAACUCUGACCGCUCCUCCACCGUGCAGAACCUGCUGCGUCCACCCAUUGUGGCGCGCUACAUUCGCCUCCUUCCUCUGGGCUGGCACACCCGCAUCGCCAUGAGGAUGGAGCUGCUCAUGUGCAUGAACAAGUGCGCCUGAAGCUCAUCUGGCUGCCGAUCAAUCAUUCCUUCUUUUCCUGCUGCUUGCCAAAAGGGGGUCGUUGGUCCAGCACUGAGAAACCCAUCCAGUCACUUCCCUUAACAUGUCUGUGAUUUGGUGAAGUGAACUAACAUUUUGGCAGGUGAACAUGUUUGGUGUUCUUUGAUGUGUCUGUCCUAUAAUAACUAUCAUUUGAUUGUGUGAAUUUGUACAUAUUGCUUUACCCACAUUAAUGCAUAUGUCACAUAAACGUGUAAAUAAAAAAAUCAAAACAA